GAUAAAAAGGAUUGCAUAACUUGGAAAGACUUAUUUGAACCAGAGCGAGGUCAGAUUUCUUGGUUGUGUUCCAUGUAAUUAUUGUGUCUUGUCGCUAGCUGUGGCGGCACGAGUACGUCGACGGUAGAUUGUUUGUUGUCAUUCUCUGAACGUAUGCUCAUAGCAUUGGUGACGAGGCACGAUGCUUGAUGUCGCUCAGUUGCUGCUGUAUUGCGGCGUGCCGCUCCUGUUUGCUGUGUGGUAUCUGCAGCGGCAGCGGCAGGGUGCAUCCCAGACCGGAACGGGAAAACUUCCCAAGCUGCUCGAACUGGGCUACAGCAAUUGGACGGGGCACAUCGGCUACGUCGUUGGGCAGAACAAUGCCGGCCCAGGCGAACAUAUUUUCAACCUGCACGAGCUGAUGCAGAAGGCUCCGGAGCCGGUUGUAGCCCUAUCCCUCUUCGGUCCCAGAUGGCUAAUGACUCCCAUCUAUGCUGUCAUGGAUCCAGUCCUCAUCAAUGUAGUGACAUCAAGCAGCAAAACGACCCGCUUCGCAUCCUUCGAGUACAGCUCGCAGAGCGUCAUGGGCAAGAAGUCCAUGAGCGCUCUGCGCGGCGACGAGCUAAAGCGACAUCGCAAGCUGCUCGCUUCCAGCAUUCUCAGCAGAAAGGCGCUGGGAAGGUUGGUGGAACUGAUGGGUAACGUCACAGACGCAUUCCUGCAAAAUCUCCCGCAGCCCAAGGCUGGCGAAUCGUCGUUCGCACUUGAUCUAGCUGACGGCGAUCCUAUAGGACUCAUGCUCCUGGAUGUAUUCUCCUUGUUUGGAUUUGGAACACAAUCAACGACAACACCAGAGGGUCUGGCUCAACGAGAGAAGGUGAAGAUUGCAAUGAACUUCAUCUUCGACAUGUUUGCGGAUCGAAUGUCUGCUGCUGGACUGGCCAAGUACCUCUCAUACCUCAACUUCAGCAAGAGCCGGCAAUUGGCAAACCACCACAAGUUCAUUCGUCAGGAGAUCAUCAUCCCGGCUAUCCGCCGCCGUCAAUCGGACAUCAAUGAGGGCGUGGAAGUGCCCAAUGAUGCCCUGACAGUCAUGUUGGAGGCUGGUGAUGACGACUCGCCAGCUUUCACCGAAGAGGAGAUCUGCGACGAAGCUAUACUCAUUAUGGUUGCAUCGUAUGAAACAACGGCAAACACAAUCCUGUGGCUGUUCUAUCACCUUGCCAUGCAUCCGGAGUGUCAGCAGCGUUGCUACGAGGAAGUGUGCCAGGUGAUGUCAUCGCACCCACCCGGAACCCAGCCAAGCAUCACCGAUAUCGACCAAAUGACCUACCUGAACGCCACUCUGCAGGAGUCCAACAGGCUCACGCCAAUUGCACACGGCAUCACUCGCGAGACCGUGGAAGACCUGGUGCUUGGCGACUACGUCAUACCGAAGGGGAACACGGUCAUGUGUUACUUUCAAGGAUCGGCCGUCAGCGAGGAAGUCUUCACUGACGCCAAGAAAUUCGUUCCCCAAAGGUGGCUCGAUCAUCCCAAUGGCGGGGCCAAGAAACCCGGCGCUCAUUCGCUGCCGUUCGGCAACGGGCCGUUCCGCUGCUUUGGCAAAGCGAUGGCAGUGCAGGCCAUACGCACGCUGUUCUCAUCGUGGAUCCAGCGCUACCGCUUUGAGAUGAUCACGGAGGACAUAAAACCGCGCUUCCGCAUAGCCUACUAUCCGUCCCAGCUCACCAUCCGUAUGUUUCCACGGCAGCAAGAAGACCAGUGAUGGAGAAUUGCCAUGAAUGUGGUCACUUGAAUCUUGCAAGAAUACCUUGUGAUAUUUUUUUGGCAUUGUUUACGUGCUAUUUUAUAUCACUAUUGAUCCUUUAUAGUAAUCUGUGUUGCAAUUUGUUAAAUUAGUACAACAAUGCUUCCUGAUGAGCGUUGUGCGAAAGCUAGUUCGAUGCAUUUUUAUAUUUUUCAUCGUUCCUAUUACUGCUCUUAUUAUUGUUCUUCACAUUACAUUUCCGUCAUAGUUAUUUCUUUGUCCAAUCACCACUUUCUCUAGAAUUUGUUCGUGACAUCUCAAUUAAACCUUCGUAACAUGACGCUUCAGCUGAUUCUGUUUAUUGCCAUCCUAAAACUUCUUGCCUGUUCAAAUACUUGUUCAUUUUUUUGCUUUUAUAGAAAAUUUCCCCCUAUUACAUCUCGUCCUUAUCUUGCUCUUGCCGAAGGAGCAUUAGGUAUUGAUUUUAGGGAUACCCCCUCACAGACAGAUACAUUCGGUGCUUCCCCCCCCCCCU